AAAUGGACCCUUUGGUUUCCAAAACCCAAAACCCAAAGAGAGAGUGAGAGGUGCAAACACACAACACAACACAACACAACACAAACACAAACACAAGCCAAAGUGUAUGUGAAAGCAACCAGAAUCCGCUACUCACGACUACAAUCCAAGCACACCCAAAUUUUUGUUUCCCUUCCAUGUAAACCUACCAGGAAACUCCUCAUUUGGCUCUUGUUCUUGCAAUUCUUUGCCUAAGGUAGAGGAUUGUCAUGGGCAAAGGUGUGUUGGGCUUUAGUGUAGUUGUUCCGGAUAUGGGCAAUACUGUUGAUGGUGAGGAAGGGCAUGAUCAAGGGUGUAAGAACAAGAGAAAAUUAGCUCAUCCAUCUGAGUUUCCUGCUAGUUUGCCCUCAUCUCUGUUUGAGUUUCCUCGGUAUGCUUUACCGAUAUCACAAAGCUCGGGUGACUUUAAUUUGCCGAAGUUAGGGUCAGAUUUGUGUGGAGAAGAAUCAGAAGUGCGUAUGCAUGAGCUUGUGGAUUGGAAUGAUCCUAUUGCAAGCCAGCUGGAGGAGUUACUCUUGUCCAAUUUGCAAACAGUUUUCCGUGGUGCUAUCGAGCAGAUUGUUGAAUUUGGCUUUAGUGAGGAUAUAGUUGAGAUGGCCAUUUCAAGGAAGGCCCUUUACAUGGAGGAAGGAGAUCCUGUCGCAAAUAUUGUACGUGACACAGUGAAUGUUUUGAAGGGAAAAGAUGGUGACCCUUCAGACAUUGUAUUUGAAAAUUUCCAGAACUUGCUGCAUUACACCAUGGUGGAGAUGAUCGGUGUACUUCGUGAAGUUAAACCCUCCCUGACAGUGGGUGAAGCCAUGUGGGUUUUGCUGAUAUGUGACUUGAAUAUUUCACUUGCCUGUGCAGCAGAAGAUCGUUUGGGCAGUGUUGUUUGUAAUGAGGAAAACUCUACCUUUUCUUGCUAUCCCCUAUGGAACGCAGAGGCUAAAACCUUUGAUCUAAUUCCAAAUUGCAGUCCACCAACUCUGAAGGAGGACUCAUCCCCCAACCACCAGAAUCAUAAGUAUGAAGCACCUAAGCUUCGAAGCAGCCUAAAUGCAUCAAUCAGUCGAAAUCCUGUUGCUUCAGAACAGGUAAAGCUUAAGGAAGAGAAUAUUUUAGUGCCAAUCACUGCAGAGAAACCCUUCGGAGCUUCUGUGGUUACUGUGCAGGAAUGUAAAUCAGGAACUUGUUCUAAGCGGCAUUCUAGAAAAGAAAUGGCAACACUUAGGCAAAAGUUCCUUCAUAUGGAAAAAGCUUACAGGGCUUGUGGAAAAGGGGGGUUUAGAUCAGGGAAGAUUACAAGCAUUGGAGGUUUGGUUGUUGAGAAAAGACUGAAGGUACCAUCUGAAAUUCCUAAUCAGAAAAUGAAAUGUGGCUCCUCAAAUAAUGCAAGUACAAAAGGAGUUCGCUCUGCAGAUAAAUCAUGCCAUGUUUCAAAAACAGAUGCACCAGCUAUACCUGAAGGAGUUAGCUCUGGAACAUUACCCACAAAGGAUGCAAUAUCUACUGCUCCCAUAACGAAUACAAACACUUCAGCACCGAGCACUACAUGCAAACUAAGCUCACAUGACACACAAAAGAUCCUUGAUUACUGUGCUGGUAUUCCUUUUGAUGAAGCUUUGGGUAAGUAUGUUCCGCGAAAUGAGAAGGAUGGAGUAUUUUUGAAAUUAAUAUGUAAAGUGCAAGAAUUGCAGGAUGAGCUACAAAGCUGGAACAACUGGGCAAAUCAGAAGGUUAUGCAGGUUACUGCUAGGGUUGUCCAACUGCAGGCUGAGUUUAAGGCUUUGAGGAAGGAGAAACAAGAAGCUGAACAGUUUAAAAAAGAUAAGAAAAUUUUGGAGGAGAAUGCUGUGAAGAGAAUAUCUGAAAUGGAGAAUGCUGUCGAAAAUACUAAAACGCAAAUGGAGAGUGCUAGUUCUGCUACCCUUGUGCUAGAGGCAGAAAACGCCUUGCUAAAGAAGGAGUUGGAUGCUGCUAAGUCGUGGGGUUUAAAGUCAGCGACAAGCUAUCAACAAGCACUCGAGAGAGAGCAGAUCGCUCUUAAACAGGUUCAGUCAUGGGAAGGCCAGAAGAGUUUGCUUCGAGAUGAGCUUGAGAGAGAGAAACUCAAAUUAUCAAACCUGCUACAGGAGCAAGACAAGGAGAAAAGUCGUCAAGCCAGGCUUGAGGGUAGAUUUGAAAGAGAAAGAGUUGCAACAGGAAAGGUCCUUGCACAGGCUGCAUCCUUUAGAAAGGAAAGAGAACAAAUUGAAGCUCGCAUAAAACUUGAGGAGGAUAAGAUUAGAAAGAAGGCAGCUAGUGAUCUGCAGGAUUAUGUGGAACAUAUUGCAAAGCUAGAGAACGAGCUGGUUGAACUGAAACUAAAAUCUGAUUCUGAAAAAAUAGCAGCACUGCGCAGGUGUAUUGACGGACGAAAUAGCAGUUUCUCAAGAACCAGGAAGAGCACUCCAAUGGUGAAGGGAAACAAGAAAUCUGAAAUAUCACAAACUCCAGUGAGCUUCCAAGACCAAUUGGAAGACUCGAGUGUGAGGCGGGAGCGGGAGUGUGUCAUGUGCUUGUCCGAGGAGAUGUCAGUAGUUUUUCUGCCAUGCGCACAUCAGGUCGUGUGUCCAGAUUGUAACGAGCUCCAUGAGAAGCAGGGGAUGAAGGAAUGCCCUUCAUGCAGGGCUCCAAUCCAACACAGGGUUCAUGCUAGAUUUGCUGGGCAAUAAUUGUGAGAAUACUGAAGAAGCAUUACAGUAAAUUAUGGGGAUUCUUUGAGGAGGUCCCUUGGAAAUUCAUUUGGCAUUCUUUGCCAAUGCUCCCUUUUAUCUUUAUAUGUUGGUUUUGAGACUGAAGCAAUUAGUAGUUUAUUAUACAUUACAUGUUUUCCCCUUCCCCUGAAAAUAAAAAGGAAAACAGCAUAGAGACGGUUAAAUGUAAAGUCCGUUCAUGCUUUUUGAAAAUGACUCAGCACAUUGAAAGUUGACAAAAAAAAGCAAGUCAUUGAAUUUUAAUACAAUAGAUAAGUUAAAUUAA